AUGCAUUUCAAACACGCAUUUAUCACAUGUCUUCUCGUUUUCAUCCUUCAUAUUGCCGCUACUUCGGCCGUUGAAAAUCCAGAUGGUCUUCAGUGUGAACCGCCUGAAAUGGCGGCCGAUGGUCAGAAGAAAAUAAACAUCAUGUACUUGGUGGAUAAGUUUCUAGAUCCGGAUACGCUGCUUCGUUUGAAACAUAUUUUCAAAGUAAUCUCCUGUAGAACUCCAUCAGUUGAUAAAAUCAUGAACUUGGUGAUGUCGUAUUCCAGUGAGCAACAAGUUCCGGGAAAAGACGUCAAAAGUUCUGACGUUUUGCUAGAUCUCUACCGGGAAAUAACAGAUAAAAGCGCUUCCACAUCCACACCAUGUGAACGUUUCAGUCGAGCUCUCGGACGGGCUCCAGCUCCAUUUUUGGAUCGUGAAAAUGUUCAUUUCAUAGUUCCAAUGCUUGAGGAUAAAAACGAUCCGACUUGCUUUCUGAAAGCUUUUCAAGCGGAAUUCAAAGAUGAUUUACGAAAAAGAAACUUUUAUUUCAACGGAAUUUUGAUCAACUCGGGUUCCGACACGGCGUUCCAUCAAGCAGUGCGAGUCGUCGUUCCAGAUUUGACCACUGCCGUCAAUACUAGCAGAACGAAAAUUGACAGUUUCCGGGGAGUUACGUCGGAGGAAAAAAAAAUAGUGAUGACUGAAUCUGAUGAGUUAAUUGAUAACCUCACUGAUAUGGUUGAACAGAUUGUAUCUAAUCGUGUCAAACGUGAUUGGGAAGAAAUAUUGACAAGUUCAACGUCUUUUACUUCUCAGCCUCCAAACACUUCGACGUCUUCCCUAGUUUCGACUACGGGUAAUUCAACAUCGACUUCCGAAUCAUCCACGGAAACUAUUCUGAAUUCAACGACAACGUCAUCUGAAUCAACUACAACCGAGAACACGACACCAACGUCGUCUGAGUCAACGAUUCUGAAUACAACGACGACAUCGCCUCCAUUGGUUGUCGAUCGCAAUGAAGGACUUGUCUUUUUAGAAGGAAAUGUUGAUUCGGAGUUUAGUAACACUACAGUCGGUCAAAACGCCACAACAGCAAUAUCAUAUUCAGCCCUUUACGAAAAAAAUGAAAAUGAAGAGUCUUCAGAUGAAGAUUAUGAUGGCGCCGAGGCCGGAGAAGACUUAGAAAUGGCUUCUGGUUUAAAGAAUGGAGAAAAUAAUACCAAAACAGUGAUUGAAUAUUACAAUCCUUCUGAAUUAGAGCAUAGACAUAAAUCCAUUGACGCCAAUCUUCUCAUUUACGUCUUGCUCCUUCUAUUACUCAUCUGGCUUUUCUGCAUUUUUCUCUGUCUUGUUUGGAUGUUCUACUGUGCGAAAAAAAGAAAAAAUAAGCUGAUUGAUCAUGCCGAGGAGCAAAGUCAACUAUUGUUACCACUUUUGGAGAAGGGACCGCCCGAACCGGUUACACCCAAGCCAUCCAUUUCUACAGAAAGUGACGAAGACGACGCAGAGUGGAACAAUAUCAAACCAGCCAUUUACACUGAUUCAACUGCCCAGAAUCAGUCAAAAUCUGAAGUUGAAAGUGUGAAACAACCAUCAAAAGAAGCACAAUUUGCCCCAGUUGAAGUGUCAGAAUUAGAGGAGAAUAAAGAAGAUGAUAUCACAAAUAGACCAAGACGUGCAGGAUACUUAGCUCCGAAGAGAACUUCUGAUUUUCGUUUUGAUUAA